AUGAUGCACGCGUACGACUACGAUUCGGACGACUCGCAGACGGCCUCAGAUGAGCACAUUCACUCGAGGCAUUGUACGAGUUUCUAGUAGCACCACUUGACACGUUUCAACGUCUGGUUGAGUAUUUCAGCGUCUCGCUCGGACACCGCCUCCUCCUCCUCCUCGCCGCCCAUCUUCAAUCCCCGCCCCCAUCUCGUCACAGUCGUCAAAUCGAUAUCCGGGUUCGGAUUCAACGUGAAGGGCCAAGUGAGCGAGGGCGGUCAGUUCAGAAGUCUCAACGGAGAUCUCUACAUGCCACUACAGCACGUGAGUGCCGUGCUCGCAGAAGGAGCCGCCGAUCUGGCGGGCCUUCGGAAGGGCGAUCGCAUUCUGGAAGUGAACUCGCACACUGUCGAGGGCGCUUCGCAUCGCACAGUUGUCGAUCUGAUCAAGAACGGCGGCGACCGACUGACAAUGAUUGUGAUUUCGGUGGAGGAUCCGGAGAUGGAUCGGUACGACUACGGAGAGGAGAGUUCGAUGGCGUACGGUCAUGACUACUCGGAGAACAGGUCACUUCCGGUCACGGUUCCCUCCUACAAUACUGUUAAUGAUGCGCUGGAGAGGUAUACGGUGAGCAUCCAUCCAUAUGCUUUUGAUCUUCUCCCAUUACAUCGAAUCCUUUUCGAUGCGCCGCCUCCCCGCACCAUCUGCAACUAAGCCCCCCAAUUACCUCCGUUCAUCUUUCCCGUCUUCCAGGUGUUCAACAUCCACAUGGCAGGCCGACAGCUCGGCUCGCGGAGGUACUCUGAGUUUGUCGAGCUCCACUCGGCACUCAAAAAACAAUUCUACGACUUUUGCUUCCCCCACCUGCCCGGCAAAUGGCCGUUCAAACUGUCGGAGCAGCAGCUCGACUCGCGACGGCGCGGCCUGGAACAGUAUCUGGAGAAGGUGUGCACGAUCCGAGUGAUCGCCGAGUCGGAGAUGGUCCAGAAGUUUCUGAUGGAGUGCGACCCGAUGUGCGAGGUCGAGAUCCGGAUGAUGCUGCCGGACGGACAGCCCAUGUCGAUCCGCACGCGUCGCUCCAUCUCAGCGUCGUUGUUCUUCGCGUGCGCGCAGAGAAGGCUCCAUAUGAGCCGUGAGGGAGCCGCCGCCUGCUCCAUUUUCGAGCUGCUCGACAACUCUUUCGGUGAGUAAUGAAUAAUAAGCUCUACGAAGCAUGUAAUCGUUUCUCACCAAACAUGCUACAUCGUAAGACUUUGCAGAACGAAAAGUGUCGGAGAGCGAGAGUGUGCACGAACUGUACACGCACAACUACUCGUCGGCCUCCUCCUCGUGCCUCGUCCUCCGCAAAUUCAUCUUUGACGUCGAGCGGGAACGCGCGCUUUGCAAGCGAGACAUGGUCUUCAAACACUUUUGUUUCCUACAAGCCGUCGCCGAUUUGGACAUGGGAAAACUGGUGACGAACCGGAAGAGCUAUCAGUUGAGAGCCAUCCAGAACGAGGAGAACAUGGACGAGCUGCUCGAGCUGGCGCGCACCCUCGAGGGCUACAAUCAGGUGACGUUCCCGCCGAGCGUCUGCUUCCGCCCCAAACGACGCCAGACAGUGAUAAUGGUCGUCCGGUUCGCGAACCUUCUGCUCAAGUUUCCUGAAGACGUCGGCUCAUCGAACUCGACGCAAAUCGAGUGGGAUCGGGUGCAGGACUUUCGUGUUUGCGACGAGGCGACGGCCUUCUCGUUCAAGUACACGAGGGCGGAGAAUGAGGAAACUGAGGGCGAGGAGGAGGAGGAGAAGGAGACGGCGGGAGAGCAGAGCACUUCGGAGCAGCCGAGCCGCACCAAGUACAUGCGACUGGAGACCUCCUUUGUAAGUGUUUCUUUUGAAUCAUCUUAAAGUGAAAACGUUUUGCAGGCUGAAUACAUGGCCGAAUGCUUCGCCGAGAUCCAAUUCGAACGUCAGGCGGGUUCCGAUUUAAAGAAAGAGCUGCUGCCGCCGAUGAAGAUCCCGCUGCCCCGCGGCCGUCGAGCAGAGGAACUGCCCGAGGAGCAAGAGUCGGAGCCGGCCUUCGGAAGCCAGAGCCAACCACCGCCCACACACAAAAUCCAAUUCGAGAAGAGAAUUCUAGAGCACCACCGCGAUUGUAUCGACUGA